AUGGUUUUAAAAAACACUUUAGAUGGAAAGAAAAUUCUAGUUAAGAUUGGACGCUUCAUAAUUAACAUGUUACUUCUUUUUUCAAUUUUGAAACUGUCUGUGAAAGUUAAUCGAAACGCUAAUAAGACCCAAAUUACAUCAGGAAACAUUUUAAUCUGCCCCGAACUUGUUUCUCUGCCCGAAAAACUAUGCUAUGUUUGGGUUUCCACCCGUGAUGUUGUUUUCAGAAAGUAUAACUUACCAUGCAAUAACCAGCAUCGCUACGGCUUAAACUUACAAAUUAACCGCAAGAUCUCACAUGCGUCUAUACUACUCUUGCUUGCCGGAGAUAUCGCAACGAAUCCUGGACCUUACAAACACACGAAUCGUGAAAACCAGUUCGUAAAAUGUCUCGCACUCAAUGCUCGAAGUCUGAUGAGUUUACAUAAAACCAACAUCGGAAACAAUUUGACAGAUACUAACAUUGAACGCUUCCAGAACUUGGUCUAUUCUGAAGAUCCCGAUAUCUUUUGUGUCAACGAAACGUGGCUUAAUGAGGAUAUUAAAAACUCUGAAAUUCUGCAUUCGGGAUAUGACAUAUUCAGGAACGAUCGCGGAUCUCGUGGUGGUGGAGUACUGUUAGCGAUAAAGAUUUCAUCAUUUAAAUCAGUGCGGGAAAUUCAACAUGGUCAUGAUUUGGAGAUCUCCAUGGCUGAAAUAACAACCACUUCAAACGCAAGUUUAUUAAUUUGUUCUUGUUAUCGUCCACCAAACUCAGAUCAUAGCUGGUUGGACAAGUUCAAUAACUUUAUGAGUGAUGUUUGUUCACAACACUCAAACAUUGUGCUUGCAGGAGAUUUCAAUAUGCCACGUAUAUCAUGGGACUCGCCAGAGAAAACAUCAGGUAGUAACGAAAAUACCUUCGUAGAACUGCUCCAUGACCAUUUCUUGGAACAACUAAACACCGCACCUACUAGAGAUAAUAACACGUUAGAUCUCGUUCUUACCAAUAUUCCCAACAAAGUCAAAAUAUGUGAAAUUUUGUCUCCCACUCAAGCAGAACUUUUCACCGAUCACAACAUUAUUGUGUUUGAAUUUUCAAUGUGUUAUAAUCAACUACCAAAGAUACGCAGAACUGUCUAUAAUUAUCGUCAAGGUGAUUUUGCUGGCUUACGAACUUCCCUUGAAUGUCUAAAUCUGGAUUCCCUGAUUACAACCGACGACAAUAUCAACCACGACUGGCAACAAUGGAAGAAGGCGUUCCUAGAAGCAGUAUCCCAACACACACCAUCAGUGAGAGUAAAGGGUCGCAACUAUGUACCGUGGAUGAAUUCUACAAUUCUACAUAACAUCAAGAAGAAAAACUCUCUCCGCCUCAGAAUUAAGAAAUCCCCUACACCUACUGAAUAUCUCCUGGAAAAAUUCAAAACCCUUCGUAGUUCCAUCAAGAGUAUGUUACGUAACAGUCGCUCCAAAUAUUUCGACUCUAUUUGUUCCAGCCGUGCACUUAAUCCCAAACGCUUCUGGUCCCUGUUCAAGUUCAAUAAUAAGACACGGAACAUUCCUCAAAAGCUCUCGGUGAAAGUAACUGAAACCAAAAGAACAUCCGCAGGAAAUCCAGCAGAUAUUGCUACGCUCUUCAACAACUACUUCACAUCUAUAUUUACUACCGAUCCAAAUAUCGAAAACUACAGCCCUGACGCUCUUCCAUAUCAGUCUAACAAUACUAUCAUCGAGGAUAUUACCCUUUCGGAAGCCGAUGUUUUCUCCGUAUUGCAUAAUCUCGACAUUAAUAAAGCUCAAGGUCCAGAUGGGAUUCCUGCACGAUUAUUAAAAGAAACAGCUCGCCAAAUUGCUCCAUCACUAACCGCCCUGUUUAAUAAAUCUCUGAACACUGGUGUGUUACCAUUCGACUGGAAACUAGCAAAUGUUGUUCCCGUCCACAAAAAAGACAACAAAGAGCACGUAGAAAACUAUCGACCAAUUUCGCUUCUUUCGCUUAUCUCGAAAGCAUUGCAAAGAUGCGUGUUCAAUAAGAUCAAAGACCACGUUUUCGAACAGAUUAACAACGGUCAACAUGGCUUUGUUCCUCGGAAGUCCUGUGUUACACAGCUCAUUGAAGUCUUUGAGUAUAUUGGUCGUGAGCUGGAUCUUGGGAAACAAGUUGAUGUGAUGUACUUGGAUAUGUCCAAGGCGUUUGAUCGAGUAAGUCACAUGCAACUGUUGAAACGACUUCGUGAUUUUGGAUUCGGUGGCAAUAUUCUUAACUGGUUUAGAUCUUACCUCAAGGACCGUCGGCAGCAGACUACAGUACUUGGUGCAACAUCAUCAGCACUACCAGUAACCUCUGGAGUUCCCCAAGGCUCAAUCCUUGGACCACUGCUGUUCCUAUUAUAUCAGAAUAAUCUCCCCAACUCCAUCAACCACUCGAAGAUCGCGACGUUUGCUGACGACACAAAGAUUUACAAGGUGAUAAACGCGAAGGUUGAUGCAUCCGCUAUGGAGAAUGAUCUUGCGAAUUUUCAAACCUCCUCUGCCAAUUCUAAUCUUCUCCUCAACACAGAUAAAUGUAAGACACUUCGAAUUACUAGAAAACGCAACAAAAUCGACCAUACUUACAAGUUGCAAGAUUCCGCUCUGAAAACCACAGAUUGCGAACGUGACCUUGGCGUCUGGACCUCCUCCACCCUCGCAUGGUCGAAACAAGUCCUCCACCAGUGCGCCCAAGCCAACAAAUCCCUCGGGUAUAUUCGACGGUCCACGAUCAAAAUCAAGACCAUCUCUGUUCGUCGGACUCUAUAUCUUACCCUCGUUCGUUCCCACCUCGCAUACGCGUCCCAAGUUUGGGCUCCACAAACUGUUGACCUCAUUAAGCGUACAGAACGCGUUCAACGACGUGCGUCGAAGUACAUAUUGAACCUACCGUUCUUCUGUGACAUCAACUAUAACCAUCGUCUCUCAACAUUAAAUCUACUACCUCUGUGUUACUGGCACGAGUACCUAGACAUAUUGUUCCUUUUCAAAUCACACCAUGACAUUAUUAACCUAAGCAGCGACAUACUACCACAGAAUAGAAAAUAAGACCAGAAGCCUCACUCAGCCAAAAUUAUGUCCGAGAUUUUUUAUGCGCAGGCGCGAGCCAGCAAGUGUAAUCCACGCCAUAAAACGCGAGCAAUUACGCCAUCAAUUGCCAUUACCAGGUAAUAAAGAUUGCUGUUUUAACCGUUUUGCUGACGAACGCUGACGUGAUGUUCGCAGCAAGUGUCACACACGUCAUCUAGCGUGCGAAAUUCGUGAUCCGCAAGGCGAAAAUCGCGGACACGAAAAUGUUAAGGAAAGGUGUACAGUGAGACUUCUGGUCGAUUAUAUAUUCUAUGAUACUACCACACCCUCAAAAUUCAUGUCAACGUACCCAAUCUACAAACCCUAACUGCCUACAAUUUCAGACUUCAGCAUGCAAAACAUCUACCUAUCAAAAAUCAUACCUAAUAAGGACUACUAGAGUCUGGAACACACUGCCAAUGGAUUUAACUAUUAAUAGCAUGGCAACUUUAAAGGACUUUAAAAAUAAGUUAUUAAUCUAUUAUAAAACAGCACUAGAUAAAUGUUAUGACGUUGACGAUCCACGAACAUGGAAAUCGGUCUGCUUAAAAUGCAACCAAGCUCGCGACCUGACAAGGCCGAUAACGUGUUGUUUUUAGAUUUAGUUUUCAGAAGUACCUUUUCACAUUGGUAUCUAUGGGGCCUAUUCAGGGUUUUGCUGAAGGUUUAGGAUUGUGAGGGUUUCAAACGUCUUCUGACUCAGUCAGCUUCCAAAAAUGGAAGUGGUUCUGCGGGUCGCAAUGUGAAAAGUUGCAUCUGAUAGUUCGUUAGUAAUUGAUUCUUUCUAUGUACGUAUAUAGUGUAUUUGUCUAACGUUUAGGGAUCGCAGUAACGGGUCAGUAAUAGGCGCAAGCUGUUGCGAUUGCCCUGCCAGUUUUUUGUGUUAACGUUGUUUAAAUCUGGCAAAGUUAAUAAAUAAAUAAAUAAAUAAUCAGCCAGCCAAUUACAUAUUUCCAACAAUACAUAUGAUUCUUGUAUUUCUUGAAAUUGUGCUUGGCUAAGUUGGAUUUAAUAUGCAAAUUACCAACCAGAAACGGUAUGACAUAACAUGAUGUCUUUCAAAAUUAAGUAAAGCAAUACAAAAUUUUCAUGUAAGAAUAUAUUUUGUAGCAAUACGAACAAAAAUAUAAAAAUAACUCAAAUCUAAUACAGUGUAUAAACUAGAGUAAUUCAGCUUGAAUGUUGAAUUGCGUAAAAAAGUUGAAUGUUGAAUUGUGUGAAAAGUUGAAUGUUCAAUUGUGUGAAAAGUUGAAUGUUCAAUUGUGAAAAGUUGAAUGUUGUAUUAAGAAUUGAACAAAAUACACAAACUAGGAUCACAAAUAGAAAACUUGAAUUUUGGCGGAAAUAUGACGUCAUAGUUUCGGACGAUCUGGGAUCGACUUUCUUGUACUCAACAACCAGUGGCAGCGGAACAGAUUUUAUUUUGGGGGCUAAUCAGUUCCAGCUUAGUUGGGACUCAUAGUUACGUUUUUCAGUGCAAACAAUACCCAAACAUAGCACACAGAACAUGAUUUAACUGUAACAGAGUAGUAUAACAAGAAUGCCAUUUUCUCCACUUUCCGGCACUGAGUUGAAGAAUUUGGAUGAAAAUAAUGCUCCCGUCUAAUAAUGCCCCCAAUGUGCUUCCCUAGCUGGCCGUCAAAGUUAUUCACCUCAACGCUUCGCGUUUCGUUGAAUAUAUCAGGGUUGGCAGGUUCUUGCACAUGCUCGGAGCCAAACAAGUAGCCCUAGUAGCCGAAAUCUAUCACAAGAGGCCAAAUAAUUGGAUUUUUUGAAUCCUGAUUGUCCUGAUUGGCUUGAAUUACAACCAGGUUACUUCUGACAGAAUUCAAAAAUAAUUCUAAAUUGUGAAUCCUUCAAGCGGGAAAGUGGAAACAUCAAAACAAACAUGGCGGACUUGAUUAACUUUGUUUCUAAGUCAGAUUUGGACACAAGGAAGGCACAGCGUCGCGCAGAAAGAGAGGCAGUGUUACGUAAAGUAA